AUGACUCCUAAAAGCAUCCAAGCCAUGAAAGUUUCAGAGGUGACCAGAUGCAGCAUCACCAUCUCACUGUCAGACCAGACAAAAAGAUCUGCAAUAAUGAAGACCCAGCUUUACUCUGUGUGCUUGUGCCUCCUGCUCUUCUCCAUUCUGUGCCCCAGGACCUUCUGUAAACGUGGAGCACUGUUCCGGGGCAAGGGCAAAGAAGAUGGCAGCAAAGAGCCCCUACAGUGGCAGAGCAAAGGCCUCACUAAGCAGGGCCUCAGAGUGGUGGGGGCUGCUGCUGCUGCAGGCAUACUUGGAGGGACAGGAACUGGCUAUGGCCUGGGCUUCCUCGGCAAAGGAAAAAACAAAUCAGGCCAGAAAACAGUCUCACGCAAUCAACACAUGUACCACAGAGAGGGCCAGACAGCAGAGGACCAGUCACAGUGGAACGCAGCUUCUCCUGCCAUAAACAACUCAGUUUUUCUGCUGUCCUUGGUGCCAUUUCUCAUAAUCUGGAUAAGAGAUCCUUAA